GGGAACAGAUUAUCCGUCUGAGGACAGAUCUGCAUGGGGUGCUCUGCCGAUCCCAAUGCAAGCCAUGCAUGGGAAGCAAGCUGCGGCGGUGUCGUCAGGUUUCGAGAACCCUUCCAGGGCGAGCACUGAGGAGUCCCAACGUUAGUCCUUUUUGUUCCACAACAGGCGCACAGUAUGUGACUGUGAACGGAUGGGUGUUGUAUCCGGCCAGUGGCACUUACCGAUCCCCAAAGCAAGGGAAGAACUAUGCUUUGGCGGUGUGGCAUGCGUUGCAGCGAAAAUGGAGACAGAUCUUGCAUUGCCAGAUGGCAACAAAGGGGCCGGAGUUGCAGUCGGAACACCGCCAGGUAAGGAUGUUGCCGUUCGUUGCCUGUACAAUGGCGAAACGAUGACCGGAGCAUUGGUUGGCCAUUGUGCUUUUGGUGUCUGGUCAAGGCCCGUCAGUUCAUCGAUUCGGGGCUGCCGCUCCCUCAUGCCCGAGACACAAGAUGCGGAUCAGGAGAUCUCAUGGCCUUACCAAAGGUUUGAUCAACAGAAUAAGAGGCUUGGGGUAAGGGUUAUCGGUGACUUUCGACGCCGGAUCUUGCGUGUAGGAGCAAUUGAUAUCUCUCAAUGUCGUAGGGCUGGGUUAUGUGGUAGCUCGUUCUUGCGCAAGGGUCUGGAUUCCUUAAAGACGAUUGAAUUGAGUUGGGAACGGAGAGUGAAGAGAAGGUAAGGGUGAUUCGUUCUGAGUAAGAGGGGACAAUAACUUAGUUAUGCGAUGAUUCAGAGAGGAUGAGGAGGAGCGAAGAAGGAGUAAAUCUUGAUCGUGGUUCUGCAGAAUGGAAGAAUGGAAGGGCAGCGAAGCCAUAGUAUAUAUAGGAUUCGGAAGUCUCUCUCUCUCGCGUGCGCUCUCUCUCAGCGAU